AUGACUGAGCCACGAGGUGAUGCAAUGCCCGAAACUCGAAGAAAGGGAACAGGUAAGCGUGCCGCCACCGUGUCAGAUGAGUCCCAAUCGGUGUCUGAUUUGACACCGACCCCGGCAGCUCCAUGUGGUGCAUGCAAAUUUCUGAGGAGGAAAUGCAUUGGUGGAUGCAUAUUUGCACCUCAUUUUGGUUCAGACCAGGGAGCCGCUCGGUUUGCGGCGGUUCACAAGAUUUUUGGUGCUAGUAAUGUGUCCAAGCUCUUGGUGCAUAUUCCUUUGAACCGGAGGCAUGAAGCAGUUGUCACCAUAUCUUAUGAGGCACAAGCAAGGCUAUCCGACCCGGUUUAUGGUUGUGUGUCAACCAUACUUGCUUUGCAACAGCAGGUGGCAUCAUUGCAAGCUGAGCUUUCAAUGGUCCAAACUCAGCUAAUAAACAGUCGGUUUGCUAUGGCAAAUGUCCUUCAGAACGUUAACUCGCAGCAGCAGCAGCAACAACACCAUGUUGCAAUGCCACAACCAGCCUACUCAAACAAUUCCUCAGCUUCCACUAACUUUAUCAACAUGAGCAGUUUCACCUCCAACUUUGACCUUGUCACUGACAAUGCACCAUCUUCUCAUAGCAUGGAGCCUCUCCAUAUCCCUCACCCCUCCCACGACGAGGAAGAAGAUGAAGAAGAGAGUCAGCUUCCGAGGGUGAUUUUCGCCAACGAAGUACUUCACCGAAGAUGA